GUUAAGGCCAUGACAAAAAGGCACAACAUGCACAGAACUGUACCCCCAGAGCAAACAAGAAACAGAAGACACCAAACAGAGUUCAUCAUCAUGCUCAAGUAUAUAUCUGAAAGAUAUAUAGAUAUAUAAAGAAAGAUAUAUAUCUGAGAGAAAAAUCAGUAUUGUAUCCACAUUCUGCAGUGAUCAUGUUUAAUGAGUUAUGUAUGAGUGGCUUUGUAUAUGUGAUACAACUUUUCCAACUUUUCAUAAGCUGAUCUUAAAUUUCCACAGAGUUUAAAAAGCAUAAUGUUCAUAGAGGUAUCAAUUGACCAAACACAAUUGUAAGCUGAUUUUCCCCCUUCUGGCUCUGUUUGGGGCAUGACUUUGCCCUGGAUUUAACAGAGGGGAUACAACUUCAAAAUGUACCUCUGCCUUCUAUAACAUGGUACCCUCCAGAUGUUUUGAAUCACAACUUCCUACAAAGUACACCAAUAUGCGUAGUAGCUGGUGAUGGUAUGAGUUGUACUAUGAAACCUUGAAGACACUAGAUUUGAAGAACCCAGCUGGCGUUUUCUCAUUAUGCAGAGUGUGAAAGGAAUUAUACUCCUUCUAAAAUGACUAUGUGUACUAUAACGUGUGCAUGUGUGUAUGACAGCCACACAUACAUGUAUGAACAGCCAGAUAAUAAAUCCUAAGUCAUGUAAACUGCUACAUUUUGUUACAAACAUAUACCCCUUCAAAAAAAUAACAGCCCUGCAUUUGAAUUCAAAUGCAAUAUUUUAAUGAAGACAGAAGGGGACUCACAUAACAGUAGUGAAUGCCAGGGAAAAGAAACAUACACACUAAGAUCCUUAUUUUGAAAAUGUGAUACAAGACCUGGAUUUUUUAAUGGGAGAAGGGUUGUAGAAUGAAAAAAAAAAUAGAUUGCAUAAGCCACCUAAGACCAAUACAUCAAAUAGCAGUCCACCUCCUGCACUUUUCACUGUGUUUCCCUAAAUACUGGAAAAGACCAAUAGAAAAUAAUGAUUCUGAUAUGUAACGCAAAUUGCCACUCCUCGUGAAACACUGCUUGAAGGGAGCCUUUAUAAAGUAAUUCCCUGAUUAGAAACACACUAGGGCAAACCAUCAUCAAAUCUAUAGCCCCUUAUUUUUCCCUCUCCACCCCCAGCUGGUGCUUUCUCGUUAUAAACUGACAGUGACAUAAACUGACAUUUUAAACUGACAGUGUUCAUGUAUCCUGAUCUACUUCAGAGAAAACACAAUUUUGCUGCUAAAAUUCCAAAUAUAAUAAUAAUAAAUAAUACAGAGUCGCAGGGUUGUUGUAUGUCUUUCAGGCUGUGUGGCCAUGUUCCAGAAGUAUUCUCUCCUGACGUUUUGCCCACAUCUAUGGCAGGCAUCCUCAGAGGUUGUGAGGCAUGGAUAAACUAGGCAAGGAAAGGAUAUCUGUGGAGAGUCCAGGGUGUGGUAAGAGUCCUUUGUCACUGUCUUUGUCUUGCCACACCCUGGACUUUCCACAGAUAUAUUCUUUUUCCCUUUCCUUGCCUAGUGUCAAGUGAAGUAAUACAGCAGGAGGGUGUAGAUAUGCUGGCCACCCAGGCAUGCAGCUUUGAACAGCUGAGGUAUUGCCAUGACAUUAUGCCUGGGGCUGUGCCAUCUUGCCCAUAACAAUGGGUCAGAACCCAGUCUUCAGGGCCUGUAUUAUGGUGCCAGAAAUCUGGGUUGUUGACGUUCCAAACUGAUAAGACACCUGCUACGCCUGACCCUGAAAGGAAACGGCUACAGAAUUUGGCGGGGGGAUUUCGCGGGGUUUUUAUCUGGCGGGAAUUGUGUCUUUGAAUAGGGGAGAGGGUAUAUAAGGGAGCGCGAACUGACGCCUGGCACGCCUGUCAAUAUUUCCUGUAGUAAAAGUUUCCAGUGAUCACAGAGCAAGUCUCGUGUCUUCAUUUGGGAGCGGCUAUAGUGAGCUGACACAACGAGUCUCCUUUGUGGAGAGAAAAGCAGGGUAUACUAGACAUAACAACAACAAUGGUCAGUAGCAGCUAUUCCUUGUCACAGGAUGCCAUGAGAACAAGAUUCCAAGGAUCAGAUGCUAUGUUUCACCAAGAUGGGACCACAAUUCUUUUCAUCUGUUUUGUAGAAAUCUUGGGACAAAACCUGAGGGCCAUAAUAACAACCUUGCUGUGCCCUGAUUGCAUCCAUCUUUGACAUCUGUAACAUCCAACUUGAUGCAAAUGUGAGAGAUUUUGUUUGCAAAACAGUAAGCUUCUACCACUUCAGCCCCUAUUAAAAAGAACUCUGGAGGUAAAAUGGUGGCAGAAAAGUGUUUUUUAAUUUGUUGAUAUUUUCAGCAAAAUGUCAAAGACUUAUGUUAAUUUGAUCAGGGAUUUUUAGGCACCAACAUCGACUGUAUAUUUUAGUCCUAUCGCUCAAGUUUUGAAUCCUAGGUAAUCUGUAGAUAUCAUAUCUGAGCAGAGAGAUUUAAACCUUAUGGAUCAUAACUAUUCCUCAAACCCAUCUUUUAGAUUAAGUAUUCAAUGUCCUCGCAGACUUACUGAGAAUUUUAGGACCUUGCUUUUAUUUCAGCCAGGUUCCUGUUAUAUCAAAGCGGAGCCUGUAUCUCCGCUACUUUUUUUGUGAGUUUAACUUCACCUUUUUGUUACUUCAACAUAGUCAGAGAAGAUAUAGUAAGAACCCUGUAUCCAUGGAGAAUAUGUUCCAAGAUACACAAACCCAUUGAUACCUGAAAUUGGAUAAUAGUGAACCCUAUAUUUUGACUAUACUUGGGUUGGAAGCAUAUCACAUAAUCGCACUGGAUGAUCUAGAGAAGUCCACAAAUACUUUGGGAAGAGGGAAAAUAUUUUGGAGGAUAUGGGUAAGUGAAACUGUGGGUAUCAAAUCUGUGGUUUAGGGAGUCAUACUGUACUAUAUAUGACAAUUGGAAAACAGAAGUGCUAAAAACUCCACUAUAUAAGAUAAGUGGAAAAUGGAAGUAUACAUAUUUGGCAGAAAUAGUUCUUUCAGUUGUUCAACUGUUAUGCUGUGUGAGGGCAGCAAGAUUUGUCUUGUUUCCUUCUUGAAUGUUCGGGCUGUUUGGCAUUCCAUUCAGCUAUAAAUUAUGACCUUAUGUAUACACCAAGGGAAUGUAUUUAAAAGGAGGCUUAAGUGGGAACCUCACAUGCACAACCCAACCUAGAAGAGAGACCUCUUUGUAUGUCAGUUCAGUUACAGAAACCCAGUUUGGUUGCUUCUCAUUUGUGAACAGGACUCCAAGGCUUUGAUUGUGUUUCACUAUGAAGAGGACUAUCAUCCUUUUAAUCUUUUUAAUCAGUUUUAUGGAAACCUUCGCACUAAACCCAAAGGCAAAGAAAAGAAGCAGUGGCAAAGAGAUUCAUUUUCAGACCAAAGUUAAACAUGCCUGCAUAAUGAGUAUGAUUGGAAAUGGUGAGACAAAGCUAAGAAUAGAGUGUAACAAUCAAGGCAAGACAUACUGGUGUGAAUAUACAGGAAAACCAUCCCUUUGUCCUUCUUUUAACAACAACCCAAUGACUUACUGGAAUCAGAUUGCCAUGAAUCUAAAGAAACGGAACAAUGCCUGCUACUCUAAUCUGGUUCUGAAGCCUACAAUGUGUCAGAGGGUUUCUUCCGAAACUCACAUGAGGCAGGUGAGUUCCAGCAUAAGGACAAAGUCAACUCCUAUCCAACAAGCAGAUGCUGUUAACUAUGGAAAGAUGGCCCAGAAACCUCUUUCUGCAAAGCACAUUGAAGAAAGCCAAGCAGGGAAAGGUUCCAUUAAGAAAUUGGGGAAACCAAAACCAUCUCCUAUCCCUGUGGUGAAACCUACCCAACAAGGUCAAGUACCUGGAAAUGAAUCUGAAGCCAUGAAGUUAGCACAGAAGCAUUGUUGGGAAUCCAUGCACAACAUCUGUUCCUACAUCAUCGGCAUUUUUAAAGGCUGAGGAAGAAAAGGGCAAAAGUCGUGUGCUUGGAGAGUUUCCACAAGUGUACAUUUUCAUCUGGGUUUAUGUAUCCUCCUUGCAACUGCUUUAUAUUUUUAAACAAUAACCCAAAACAUUUCCAAUCCUUGAACCAGCAUAAAAAGUAGUCUACAUAUGUUGUAGAAUUAUAUGCCAGUCUAACUACAGUGUACUUACAUAUUAAUUGUUUACUGAAACACAGAGUUAUUGCUUGUUUGUACAUUGAAUUAAAAAUUAUGAAAUAUG